CAUAAAAGCUAUUUCAGAAACGACCCACAAACCUUAAAAAAAAGACACUUGAGAAAAUGCAAUACAUAACAUGGACAUGUAAUUUGCUACAAUAGAUAUGUAAAAGCUAAGGUUUUCGUAAAAAUCCAUACCCAGUCUAUGUGCCUGGCAUUUAUAGAAUUGUCCUAAAUGAAUCAGAACAAAGAUCUUCUUUUUUAUUUGUCAUCAGAUGCACUAGGCAUAUAGAAAUAGUUGACACAUCCAAAAAAGGGACUAACUGAGGCAUAGAAUGGUUCAAUUAGGGGAAUGCCCAAAAAAAUUAGAGGUACAAUUAGAAAUACAAGGAGUUAUAGAUUCUUAUGAAUAACAAUAAUAUACCAUAUCUUUAGCAUUUGCCUGACUGACAACCAAUUUAGCAUUUGCUUCAAAGAAUGUUAAUUGUACUUUCCAGGUAUAUGCCUUCCCAAACAAACCUCUUCCUUUUUGUACCUUUCCAGUCAAAAAAGACCAACUGCAAUGACAUAAACAUAAAACAGAAAAACAAGACCACACAGAGCUCAGUCAAUUUUGUUCAAGGGAGAUUAAUUAAUGUUUUAUCAAAUCAAUUAGUCUGUCUUAUAUCAUAAUAUUAAAAUAGGAACCUAAUUCAAAUUAACAUAAUGACUUUUAAGAGAUCUUAAUUAAUUUUAUAGACAAAAAUUGUUCACAUUCAUUUACUUCUCCUCAUCCCAUUUCCAAAAGAAUUACCUACACUCUCCAAAAUUUAGUCAGUCUCUUUUUUAUUGUGCUUAUUACAGUUAUAACUGUAAGUCCAAACACACGCUCUCUCUCUCUCUCUCUCUCACACAGUAAUGACAUGUUACCCCUGUAAGGACCAGUUAUAUAAUUAAUCCACAGAAAUUUUGGUGAAACAGUACAAGAGAUUAACCAACAAUUGGUAGAAUUAGCAGAUACGGAUAUCUCUGUUAUAUCGAUCAGUUUGUGUGCUCUGCGAUGGAUGAAUUAUCCAUAGACAGGAAUGGCAGCAAUGGAGGUAGGAUGGGUCGUCGGAGACUCAACGAGGAUACCGAGUUCAAAUCCAAAAACCUCCACGCUGAGAGGAGGAGAAGACAGAAACUCAGGGACAGGCUCCUGAAGCUGCGUGCAUUAGUCCCUAUUAUUACAAACAUGAAUAAAGCAACCAUUAUCGAAGACGCAAUCACUUAUAUUGAAGAGCUGCAGCAGACUGUAGACACACUGACUAACCAGCUUUCUGACAACAAGUCUUCGUUCGAAGAGGGAGCAGAUCCUACCAAAGAAGAAAUUCAUGUUGCAGAAGGGAUGAAGAAAUUUGGGAUUCAGGAAGAGGUUAAUGUUAGUCGAAUAUGUGAAAACAAACUGUGGAUAAAGAUGGUAUUUGAGAAGAAAAGAGGAAGGCUCAUUAAAUUGCUGGAGGCCAUGAGUACAUUGGGUUUGGAGCUCACUGAUACCGCUGUAACUACCUCCAAAGGAGCAAUGCUUGUGACAUCCUGUGUAGAGGGCUUUUGUUGCGAAAAGCUUGCUCUUGAAGAAGCCAAAAAAUUGCUGCUUCAGAUCAUUAAUGGCAUAUAGAACAGAUGAGAGAGUGACUUUGAUCUAACAUUACACAGAUUAGAAAUGUUCCACUUGGAACAAAAUAAAUGGCUAUAGAACUAGUAUUUUCUUUUGAAAAAUUGGGUGGCAAGCAACAGGCAAGACCAUUUUAGCACACCAUUUUUAAACAAAUAAAUAGCAAAGAAUACCGAGUAAAUUGCAUAGAGAUUUCACUCUGUAUUAUGACAAUAUUAGCCUAUGUUAGUUUUUAUGUCAAAGAAAAGAAUUAUAUUUGACUUUGUCACUUCGAUGUCUCCAUCUUCCAAAUUCUGCAAAAUGCAAGUAACUAAAAUACCAUCAAUUUCCACCUCCUUAAUCCCAAUCCAUACAGCAUUAGGACUAAGACAAGGGAAGGAAAAAAAAAGAAAAAAAGAAAAAAAAGAAAAGAAAAAACACAGAAGAGCCAACAAAAACCUUCCUUUGAGAUUAAUUAACAGCAUUCCAAGGUAAGAGUCAAACGCAAUCCCUGAAGCAAAGAUCUUUCCUUUUUUAAAUGACUCAAUUAGUUAAGAAAAGAAUUCCAAAAUUAUCAUUUGAUUCCAAACCUUAUACCCAAUUAUCCAUUUUUUACAAUCCUCACAACUUCUAUGAACAUCAACGCAUAUUUACUUAUCAAAGAAAGAAAGAUUUGUAAAAGGAAAACCAAAAAGAGAAAUGGAAACGAUAAAAACAAAACAAAAGGAAAGAGUGUAUAUAUAUAUA